AUGUAAUUAUGCCCAUAAGUUGAUGACAAUGAACCUAUUGUAAUAGGAAGUAUAUCAGAUGAAUGGUAAUUCUUUUUGGAAGCCUGGAAACAUAUCCCAAUUAAAGUAAAAUUUAUAUUAAGAACUAGUAUUAUUCAUUAUAAGUUGGCAGUGGUAUUACAACUAAUAGAAGACUAUUAUAUAUUAACCCAAAAAGAGAAGGAGUAUCAUAUUAAAUUAAAACUAAUAUGCCCCAUAUAAUAUCCAUAAAGAAUAAUUCUCUAAUAUUAUCUAAAGAUGAAGGUAUGUAUGUAAAAUUCACAAUAACUCCUCCUACAACUCCUUGCAAAAUUAAUAUAAAAUUCGUUAUUGAAGAUAUCAUUACUCAGUUACCAGUAGAAGGUAUAGAAAUGGAGAUAAAUGUUAAAAAUACUUGA